GUUGAGCAGAGAGCUGAGCUUGCGAAGGUCGCAGCCGAGGGAAACGACGAGAGCGCCGCGGAACAGGACACCAUCAAGGACGCAGCCAACUCCUGCUUGAAGAAGAUUGGCGACGCUACCGAUUCCGACGAGGAAAAGGCCGAGACUGAUGAGAAGAACGACUCCGACAAGGAGAAGAUCACCGAGUCCGUUGAGGGCGCUGAGGCGAAGCCAACGCUUUGGCAG